AUUAUGUAAUAAUGAUAUAACCACCGCCUACGUAUUCAAUUCCUCUACCGGGGAAUUGUCACGAAUGUGUUUUAUAAUUUUUUUCUGUUCUAGUUUUCGGAGACUUGGAUGGAAGACUAUGCAAAGGGUGCAUCUUUGGAAUUAUAUUUUCGUCGUUUAAGCCCAUAUUUUUAUGGAAAAACAUUCGUGGAAGCUUGUGAAUUCUGUGCUCGAAGGUUGAAAAUCGUCAUGUUAGCAAUACAACUCGAUCCGGAAAUCUAUGAUUCCAGACCACAAAUUUUUCCGAAUCCAGAGUCCAUCAUUCAACCGAACACAGCCGCAUAUUUUUUGGCGGAUCACCGGCUAGAUGUGCAACGUGCAGCGGUUUACUGUAAGUAUUGUCACGAGGACAUUGCGGAUCCCGCGCAAAUAACCCAAUGUUCCUGUCAAGCUGGAUUCAAAAGCGCGCUGAAAAAUCGGCCUGGCCAGUACUGGAUUCCUUCAUAUACAGCUGAAGAUAGUCCAGACGAGAAUGUUGCCAUUUUGCCGCAACCUAUUAUACAUCUGAACGGAGAACCCGUCGAAUCUAGAAUCUGGUCGUAUAUCUGUGAACAUCCUAACACACCGGUUAACAAUAGCCGAGAGAAGCUUAACGUAAUGCAGUCACCGGAAAACAUACAUUUGGACGAUGUGGACGGUGAUCAACCGAAGCCCAGUGUACUGUAUGAUAGCAGUGGCUUGUUUUACUGGACUCCAGCAAGACCUUUGUGCAGCGUUCGACUAACGAGAUUGCAAGCCGCAAGGAAGAACUUUGCGAAUCACAUUGUUGUGUGCGUUGUCAGCCAGUCCACAUCGCAGACUAUCGGAUUGGCCAGUUUUGUCAUGCCACUGCGUUCCAGUGCCAUUCCAAGCGGUGAACUUUCGGAUAUUCUCAUUCUCGCAGAUGAUAAAUAUGUGGAAAAAGAGUGGAAAUAUUUGUAUAAUUUGCCAAGAUUAUUUGUUGUCAAGGGAAGUCCACUCAACCGAGCGGAUCUACGUUCCGUAAAUCUCAACACAUGCAAAAUGUGCGUACUAAUUGGUGCAGCAAACCCCCACGAAAAGUCAACGGAUCCGACAUUGUUGGAUAAGUCAGUCAUACUCGCCACCUUAAACGUUCGCGCCAUGAAGUUUUCCGAGGACGAAAACAUGAAAGCUAAUAAUCAUUCCAGACGCUCGAACCUGGAUGAGCAAACCGAAACUAUUAAACGCUGUACUCGCCGAACCGGCUUUGAAGUUCCUCUUAUUACUGAUUUAAUGCGUGAUACGAAUGUCCAAUUUUUGGAUGAUGAUGAUGAAGAUCUGCCGGGAACGGAAUUCUACUUGACCCAACCGUACAGUGGAGGCCGCGCCUUCUCGGCCAGUGUCCUGGAUCUUUUAAUGGUUACCUCCUUUUUCAAUCCCAUAAUAUACACGGUACUGCACUCUGUAAUAUUUGGUGGAGCGUCACCGGAACUGGAACAGAUCAUGGCGGAAGGAGCCGGUCUGAUUGGGCCCAGCACAAUUAGCAGCCAUGAGAGAGGCGAUCAAGUCAGAGUGAAGCAGUUCAAGAUGAGUGAUGAAUUGUUCUCUAUGCAUGUUGGAUCAACUUACGGAGGGCUGUUUACUGACGCUCUCCUCAAUAAAAGACUCUUGCUGUUGGGGAUUUACCGUAAAAUUGGAGUGACCUCCAAUAAACGCUACGUUAUUACCGCACCGUCGGAAGACUUUAUGAUUUAUGAAAGUGACAGAAUAUUCGCACUGCAAAGAACCGUGGACUGAUGCUAGUCAUGCUAGUGUACCAAAUAGUUUGUCGGGUUUGUCUCGUAUGUGAUACGCAUAAAUAAUACAUUCCUGGCUUUUAACAUAAAAAUUUGAAGAAAAGUUUUAUUAUAGUCUAAUUAUAAUUUGUGAAUGUUAACGCUCAGUACCUUUAGCGGUAUUUGACCGUAUAACUGAUGUGCCUUUGAUAAUUUCCGUUUUAUGUUGCAUGCACAAAAGUGGGGAGCGACAAGCUGUGAAUAAUGUGGGUGGGUGUGGGGUUAUAGUGAGCAAUGCUUUUUGUUCAUUCACCGAAUGCGCU